AUGGAGGAACAAAAUUUUUAUAAUAAAUCUACCUAUUCCAAAAGAAAAAAAAUAAGUGAAAUUGAAAAAAAGUGUGAAGAGAGUUUAAAUGAAAUAUUAAGAUCUGCCAGUGAAGCCAAAGAAAUUUCAAAAAAAGCUGAAGAAGAAUUACAAUAUCAGACAGAACAAAUAAAACACAUAAAUAAUGAGACGGAUAGCAUCCAAGAAAAUUUAAAACAAACAGAAUAUCAUUUACAAGGUAUAAAAUAUUGGUGGAAAAAUAUUCAUUCCUUUUUAGGCUUAAAUAGUUUUAAUAAUAAUGAAGAUAUUAAAACAAAAAAAGCUGUCGUAAAUAAUGCUAAAUAUAAUGCAAAGAAUAAUUUUAAUGAUAAUUACACAAAAAAUAACGAGAAUUAUAAGACUUCCCUAAAUACAAAAACACCGUCACAAAGAAAAGGGACAUUUGAUGAAAAAUACGAGAAUGAUUUAAAUACUUUAUCUUCGAUGCUGGAUGAAUUGCAUACCAGAGCUCUGGUUAUGGGGAAUACCAUAAAUGAACAGAAUAAAAUGUUAAAUAAUGUUAAUGAAAAAAUGGGACACAAUAUUGAUAAGAUCAGGGAUCAACAAAAAAUGAUGAAAGAGAUUAUGAAAAAGUAA